GCGGCGGCCCUGGACGUGACGGUGGCUGAGGAGGGCAAGGUCAAGGAGCUGGUGCAGUCGCAUGAGCUGUGGGCCAAGCGAGCGACGGGCGCCUUUGUCAAGCGCGGCUGCGGCGCCAGCCUGCUCGAGGCGCUCACACACCGCGGCGAGCCGCUCGAGACGACGGCAGAGUCGGAGGACGGCGGCGGCGAGCAGAGCGGCACGACGGCCUGCUGCUUCUGCACCGGCAACGACGCGGCCACCACGUCCAAGUUCAUGAUCGGCUGCGACGCGUGCGACCGGUGGUACCACGGGCCGUGCGUCGGCGUCGACAAGAAGGCCGCCGACCAGAUGACUGAGUACGUCUGCCUCUUCUGCUGCCGCAAGAGCGGCACGCCGUACAAGUACGGCCCCCCCGAGCCGGUGCCGAAGAUGACGCGCCGGCCGCGGCUGCGCCAAGCGGACAAGAUCCCGCUCUCCAUCCCCGAGGUCGAGCCGAUGCGGCGGCUGAUGAGCGAGGCGGCGGCGUGGCAGGCCGAGGCGUCGGGCGAGGGCAGCGCCGCACUCCCCGCCUCCAAGCUGCUCUCCGUCAUCGCGGCGGGCGAGGCGUGCGAGGCGUGCGAGGUCGAGCCCGAGGCGCUGCCGGCGCUGCGCAAGGUCGCGGCGCAGUUCCUGGCGUGGCAGUCGCGCGCGCGCGCGGUGCUGGGCGGCGAGCGGUCGCCGCGUCCUUAG